CUAUAGCCGAACUAAAAAUUGUUUUAUGCUUGACUAUAACCAUUCGUACGAUGCUUUACCGUUAAGCAGACAGAUCGCACUCAUGGUCAUGGAAUCUGCAAGUUUGUUUUCAUUUUAAAAAGUAAACUGUGAUGUAGUUUCAUAAUGAGCGGCAGUCGAGUCACUCGAGUGUCAUAUAAACUAUCCGAAUUAGCCAAAAGUUUACCUGAGGUUGAAUUUAAAUCAUACUGUGAAAAAAUUGAAGAACUGAAAUGUAAUGAUCCUCUUGUAAUUGAUCUACAUUUAUACAAAUCUGGAAGUGACCUUAAGAAACUCAUCCCUCCAAUAACGAGGGAUCAUCUUAUCCUUUAUUUAAUCGUUGAACGGCGUGGCAGUGAUUUUGAGAAAGUAGAGGCGGUUAACAACUUAUUGGCAUCAGAACAGUACUUGACCAAUACCUUCAGUGAUAAACUUCUGGCCUUCCCGUUAACAAAUGGAACUGUUAUUAUCAGAAGUCACAUUACUCAUUCACAAACUUUAUCUGCUAAGCCAGCCACACCAUGGGCAGCCUUACUCAGUGAUGGUAAAAUUUUUGCCGCUUUCUGUGACUGUGUAGCUGGGCUUGGUUGCAGUUGCAUCCACGUGAGUGCUUUACUUCAGCAAGCAAUUGCUCAUACCAAAGAGGAAAAUUCUACCUCUUCCAAUAAUGUUCAAAUCGUAAAUCCAAAGCCUAUCAUUCCAGUUACAUCCCUACCUUGCAAGUGGAAUAGACCAGGGAAAGGACCUGUUAGUUACAAAUUCUAAUUCAAUUACAAAUAUAUAUAUAUAUAUAAUAGACUGAUACUUUUCUUUGUUACAAAUUAGGUUAAAUCUGUUACAAAUUAUUACAAAUAAUCCAUGUUUCUUAGGAAUUGAAAAAAAAGAGAAAGAACUUUUUCUUGAUUGCGUUUCGAAUUCACCACAAAUACAACAAACUCGUCUCAUGUUA